AUGGAAGGGAAUCGAUGUAGGGAACAGGCAAGAAACAUUGCCUGUGUCCGGACACCUCAUGCAGCGGACGCUCGAAACCUCUACGGCCUCGGUGCGGGCUGCCUCAGACACGCAAUGUACCGGUCCACGUCAGAUCGAGCCAAGAGGUACAUCACACGCCGGACCGUCCAAAGUCCUUGGACGAAAGAAACAAGCACUUGA